AUGGCUGACACAACAUCAGAACUUCACGAUUUCCCAACUUUAUUACAACUUCUUUCAUCAUAUACGUCUAUUCCAACGACUUUAAAAGGUCUCAUUGACAAUUCCAAUCACAUAGUUUCUUUACUCAUCAACUCAAUAUCAACAAACGACACGUCAAAAUGUGUCGACCCCAUUUGCAAACUGCCAAACCCUUCAAAAUUUUUACAAAACGAAGACACUCACGAGGAAAACCUAUUUUUUAAAAUUGAGGCGAACAACUCACUUCUCAAAUCUGCUCGGCUGCUCGGAGUCAAAUUAAAUUUGACGGCAUCGGAGUUUACGAGUCCAACGCCUGAGGUCUAUAGUCAGAUUGUCUCACUGAUUUGGCAAUUAUUGAUUAUCGACCUUCAAAAAAGAAUUUCAAAGAGUUCACCAGGGAGUGUGGACGCAGUCCUCGCACAACUAUUGAACAAAGUCGUGCCAGGAACACUCCCAAAUUACGAAACAACUCAACAAGUCGUCGAUGAUUUGUCCGCCCGAACAGAUUUUCAAGUGACAACUCCCCGUCUCCACGUGACGGAGAAUGAAGAGAGUGACGGAAAGACAGACGUGGAGAUGCAAAACGAAAAAGAGAAAAUUGAAAGGAAAUUGGAUGAGAUGCAGAAAAGGCUGGAAAGACAAGACUCAAAAGACCUCGAGGCUGCGAUUUUGAAGUUGGAAGAUGAAAAUCAAGAUCUUAAGAACGAAAUCUCCAAAACAUAUGACGAUUUGACAAAAGCAAGAUUUUUAUUAUUACAAAAAAUGAGCGAAACAAGACUGAAAAUGGCUGAAGUGGAACGAGCGUUGAGGAAUAAAACCGUGGUGGAACGAGAGAUAUUACAAAAAAAGAAAUUGAGAGAAGCGAAAGUUGAACGAAAGAAAGAAUUGGCCCACAACAUAUCACAAAAAAUCCAAACAACUUAUUUUGAGGUUUCCGAACUUGAAUUUGAGAUUUCUAGAUUGAAACUUCUUGAGAAGGACAAGCGAAACGAGCUGAACAAAACGAUGAGAAAAAACAAAAUCUCGACGAUUCUUAUCGAAGAAAAGGAAAGUGACAAAACGCAAAUGGAGAUAUUAAUCAAUAAAUUAAUUGAAAAAGAACGCAAGGAGAAACAAGAAAAAAAUGAACUUAAAAUUAAAACCGAACAGUUGAAAAACGAAAAAAAGAAGAUUGAGAUUGAUAAGAUGAUGACUGUCGCGGAACGCGAGCAAAACGAGUUAGAAAGCGAGAAAAAAUUGGAGAAGAUGGAAAACCUCAAUAAUUCAAUUGGACGUGUCGAGCGAGGAAUUGUGCACGAGGAAAUGGAACACGACAGAGCGAAGGAACGACUUGAACAAGCGGAAGAGUUAAACAAACUCCGCGAAGCUGAGGGAGAUUUUAUGAAAGACCAAUUAUUGAGGAAAAAGGAAAGGGCGAGGAGGGAGAAUGAAGUGGAUUCAAAAAAAGUCGCGAAAAAGAGGAAAGAGGCCCAUUUGAAGAAACUCAAAGUGAUGCAAAUGGACGAAAAGGUCGAAGACAAACUCCUUGAAAAGAGAGUCGUCAAGGCGGAGAAGGAGAAGUGCGACGAAGUGCUAGAGGUCAUCGACGAGAGGGAACAGCAACAGCAGGAAGAGAUCUUAGCUUCGAAACAAAGGAAGAAAAAUCUCUUUCAGAAGAAACAAAUUGAGAGAAUGUUUCAAAUUAAGCAGAGGUUCAUAGAAAUGGGGAUGGUCGACGUUUGUGAAGAAGAACAGUGA